CCCUACUCGCAAUUUAGCUUGGCCCAAGGGGGGGGGAUUUUGAAUAUAAUGUCCCCCUUCCUCUGCAAUGUGGCUCCGGGACCUCUCUUAACGUUUUCUCCCUUUUAUUUUCUAAAUUUGUGAAUCCUCGUCUCGCUAGGUGUGCUUCAAGAUGAGGACAUCGGGGCUGUUGCCGGUGCUUUCUGCCGUCGUCGGCCUGCUCGGCACGGGAGCAGAAUCUCGCGUCUCGUUACCAUUCCCGCCUGUUAUCCAAGCGAUCGCAGCUCCCCCGGGGGGCAAUGGGGCCGAGAUAUUUGAACAACUCAUUGAUCAUUCUAACCCGAGCUUGGGGACGUUCUCGCAGCAGUAUUGGUGGAACUCGACCUACUGGAAGGGGCCCGGAUCGCCGAUAGUCAUCUUCACCCCUGGCGAGGUAGAGGCAGAGCCAUACCAGGCGCACCUGACGAAUCGUACCAUGAUCGGCCAGUAUGCUCAAGCCCUCGGAGCUGCGACCAUCUUGUUUGAACACCGCUACUACGGGAAGUCGUCCCCGUACGAGAUACUCGACAACCAGGCACUGCAAUAUCUAACCCUCAACAACUCUGUGGCCGAUUUGGUCCACUUCGCCCGUACUGUCGAUCUUCCGUUCGAUACGAACCACUCCAGCAACGCGCCGCAAGCGCCAUGGAUUCAAGUAGGUGGGAGCUACAGCGGAGCAUUGGCCGCAUGGAACGAGAGGCUCUCUCCCGGGACAUACUGGGCAUAUCAUGCCAGCAGCGGGCCGGUCGAGGCCGUUUACGACUACUGGUCGUACUUCCUGCCCAUCCAGAAAGGGAUGGCCAAGAACUGCAGCAGAGACUUUGAGCGGAUUGUGGACUAUGUGGACGACGUGAUAUCGGAAGGAGAUGCGGACAAGCUUGCCAAGCUCCAGAAGUCGUUUGGUCUGCAGGAACUUGGGCACGCCGACGAUUUCGCUGCAGCAAUUGCGGUUUCCUUGGGAGAAUGGCAGGCGGUGCAGUUCUAUUCGAACUAUUCCACCUUCUUCCAGAUGUGCGACACCAUCGAGGGCGUGAGGGCCGUUUCCACGAACAAGACAAACACGCGCACAAACGCUACGAUCCCGUCCGCGCAUGGUGUCGGGCUGGAGAAGGCCCUGGCCAACUAUGCAGCCUGGUUCAAGGCCGAGUAUCUGCCGGGAUAUUGCCAGGACUUGGAUUAUGAGGACUGGAAUAGCACGAAUUCCGUCGGCUGUUUUGAAACCUACAACGAGACCAGUGUCAUGUACACGGACCGGAGCCCCAACAAUACGAUCAAUCGGCAGUGGUUCUGGUAUAUCUGCAACGAGCCAUUCUUCUACUGGCAGACCGGCGCACCGAAACAUCGGCCGACUAUCAUCUCACGCUAUGUCACAGCAGAGUACUAUCAGCGCCAGUGCGGGCUCUUCUUCCCCAAGGACGGCAACUACACCUACGGCUCCAACGCCGGCCGGACGGCGGAAGAGCUGAAUGCCCUGACCGAAGGCUGGGACUUGACCAACACGACACGAUUGCUCUGGGCAAAUGGCGAGUUCGACCCCUGGCGCUCGGCCUCCGUCUCGAGCGAGCUGCGGCCCGGCGGCCCGCUGCAGGGCACGGCGGAGGCGCCCGUCUUCCUCAUCGCCGGCUCGCGGCACUGCAACGACCUGACCUGGCUCAACGGAGAGGUCAACGCCGACGUCCGGACGGCGCAGACGGCGCAGAUGGAUCUGAUGACCCGGUGGGUGGGGGAGUUCUACGCGGAUGGGGGCUAAGGGGGUGGGGGACGGGGGCAGGAGGGGAGGAGCCGGCAGUGGUGGGCGGGGGACUUGAGAUGGGGGAUGGGG